AUGUCUUUCAAGACCAGUCCACAAGAUCACCUCGUGAACAAGGAGGCCGUUCGCCAUCUACCCCAGAGUCAGCUUGAGAUUCUGACAUUAGCGACUAUUUUUCGUGAAACGGGAGGUCAUAUUCGCGACGAUGAAGGAGCUACAGCGUGGACUCGCCAAUCCGGGUGGAACAAAAUAAUGGAAGUCUCAGCGGCUCUUAGUAAUGGAGGAAUACCUAUUCCAAAGACAUCCACGAUGCAGGCCUUCUUCCCGUCUGUAUUCGGCGUCAAGUGGGAGCGCAACCAUGUCGUGGCCGUCGAUCUGUCAGAUAAUGGGCUUGGAGGGAAUUUUCCUGCUGGAAUUGUGCGACUCCGCUUCCUCACAACUUUGAAAUUGAGAAACAACCCGAACUUACGUGGAGCAUUGCCUCGGGAGAUAUACGCGAUGCCACACCUGAAAUAUUGCUAUAUAGACGGCACAAAAAUUGAGAAUACCCUUCCGUACAACAUAGCACACUCAUUUGAAAUCACUCAGAUGAAAUCUCAACUUGGUAAACCAGCGAUAUCCACAGUUAGUUUCUGCACAGGAAAGGAUCACUUUAUCCGCUGGGUGGCCGACAUGACAGAGUCUGACAUGUUUAUGAUACACUCCACUCUCAAGAAGUUACACGAGAGUACCAAUGGUCAAGCAGGGCGAAAACAGAUCAAGUGUACAGCCAGCAACGCCACGGGACCAGAACGUGCAGCUGCCGCCAUAAAACUUCAGCGAAUCUAUCGAGCUCGUAUCGAACGAACCAAAUUCCGCAACUUCCUUCGUUCACUUGUAGAGAUGAAGGUCGACCCUACCACAGGAUACACCUACUACGUUAAUGCACGAACUGGAGAAGCAACUUGGGAAAAGCCGAAGUUUCUUGGUUCCGACAAGGAUAGCGACGCAAGCAUUAAUGCCGACAAGACAAGUGGCGAUGCAGCAGACGCACGAGAAGCCUGGAAACCUUACGAUGAUGGUUACGGCAACACGUACUACUGGAACAGCGUGACAGGAGAGUCGACGUGGGAGCCUCCAACCUUCCUCAGUCGAAUAUAUGAAGAGCUACGAGAACGCUACGGCGCUGAUAAGACCGAUGAAGAACGAUUCGAGCUUUUCUUCCAAGAUAUCGAUCGUGACGGCACCGGAGAAAUUGACCAAGACGAAUUUGCAAGUUUGUGUGGAGAUCUGGGUAUGGCGUUGUCUGCUAAGCAGAUAAAAGAAGUGUUUCAAGAACUUGACAGCAGUGGGGACGGUCAACUUGAUCGUCCCGAAAUCAUCGCGUGGCUUACGAGAAACUUCAAAUAA